AGCGCUAGCCGUCCCGCGCCCUGCGUCACGCGCGUCCCGACUACCGCGCUGAUAACACACCUUUAUCAUUCCUAUAUCAUUUUCAUAAUAAAAUAUACCAAUUAAGAUGAUGUGAAUGCUUUAUCGGCUUGCAAGUCGCGUAACGUGAAGAGACGCCGCGCCGCGCCGUCAUCUUGCCCGGGGCGAGAUAUAAUUGCCGAACACAUCAAAAACGUUUAAAGAAACAUUGAAAUGUGUUUUAUAUUUAUAUUUUUUUCCAAUUUUCGUGGCUAAAAAUAUACUUGUGCGUUUCUGAACUUCCUUCUCCUUGUGUUGAGGCGUAAAGUUAAUAAUUGUGACAAAUGUGCGAAGUGUAGUAGAAGAAAGAUGAGCUUUUUUACGUCAUUGGGGCAGUAUGUGGCUGGGAUGGCUGACAGCGUGGCCGGGCUGGCGUUGUCGCCUCGCCGCGUUCCACCACCUCGCCAUCGCUCUGCUGACGAGUCCCAGCAGCAGCCGCAGCCUUCCACAGCUACUAUGAGAGGAUUUCCCCGCGUGCUGCCUACUGAGGGUGCUUCCGCCCUUAACGCUCGUCGACGCACCCUGGACUGCCUUGCCCCUGCGGCUACGCCACGUCGCGGCGGCUCCUUACGAGUGCCAAGACAGCCGCAACUACAAGAAAAGCCGACUAUGGCGUUUUGCAAAAGGCGCCUGUCUUGGCCAGAAGUUGAUAACUCUGUGAAUUCCGGGGUUCAAGAUACUGACGGAUCCUACUUCGAGAGCUUCACGGCUCUUUCCUGGCGUCAAGAGAACAGACGGUUGGCGGCUUUGCGACUAGCUGAGGCCAGGGCUGAGAGACCUCCCCCAGCUCCUCAGGACCUCGGGCUGCCGACCGCGUCCGCACAGCUGUCCCAUAAAGAACAUGAACACUUGUACAAUGAGGUGUUGUACUGCAUCGAGAAUGCAGUAGGUGCACCAGCUCCAGACGGGCAAUUCGCCUCGUACAAAGAUGAGAUGAUCGAGUACGCCCGUCGCGCGUUCAGAGUGCCCCCCGAUGUGCACAUGCGCGCCCUGCGAGCUGCGGGAAGCGAGCGACCGCCGACGGUGGUGCUCGGCUGCGCGGUCAUUGAAGCGGAUGGACUGGAAGCCAAAGAUGCUAACGGGUUUAGUGAUCCCUAUUGCAUGCUGGGCAUCCAGCCAGCUUCGUUGCCCGCCUCGCCCCGCGCCUCGGAGGACGAAGGGCGCAAGCACGGCUUCCGGCUAAGCUUCAAGCGUCGUGAUGGACGGCAACAACGGGACAGCUUGGGCAGGCUGCCCGCUCGCUACAUUCGCGCCACCAGUGUCCGGCCACAUACACUAUCGCCGAAAUGGAAUGAGACCUUCAAAUUUGACAUCGAUGAUAUCUCUUCGGAUGUAUUACACCUGGACAUCUGGGACCAUGAUGAUGAAAGUUCGGUGCUAGAUGCAGUGUCUCGUCUGAACGAAGUACGCGGAGUACGAGGCUUGGGUCGAUUCUUCAAGCAAGUCUGCCAAAGCGCAAGACAAGGCAGCCAAGAUGACUUUCUUGGUUGUGUCAAUAUCCCGUUGCGUGAAAUCCCAUCUACGGGAGUGGAAGCGUGGUAUAAGCUGGAAGCUCGAUCUCAACGGUCCUCAGUGCAGGGCCGCAUCCGGCUCAGACUUUGGCUGUCAGCUCGUGAAGCCGGCCGACAUGAUGAUGACAACUGGCAGCAGGUAAGAAGGUUUCAGGUACGGCAACACGAGCGCCUCUUCGGCGUACUAUUAGCUCACGAGGUGGACAUGGCGUUGAGCGGCGCGGCAAGCGGGGCGGAAAGCGAGAGCGGAGAGUGGGAAGGCGAGUUAUGUGUCGCAGCACAAACUUUGCUACAUCAACAUGCUGUGCAGGGAGAUAUGAGUUUACUGCAAGCAGCUAUUGCAAGAUUUGCAGCUGCUUGCAAACUGAACAGCGAAGUCCCUUUAGACCCCAAGUACAUGCAUAAGCUACUGAUAGAGUUGGAGCGGGAAUGGUGUUCGAGUAUGAGCUUGAGUAGCAGCGGCAGCGGCGAGGCGGGCGCGGGAACUACGCGCGACGAGGAACGUUGGCUCUCUGGGUGUUUCUGCGAAUUCGUUGAACGAGCUCUGCAUCAGUUGCGGCUGCAUAGGGAUUUGUAUCCUGUGCUUCAUCAUUUGAGCCUAAACAGGUUGGAGUUCCUUCUGCGCUGUCUUAAUCAAGUGUCGCAGAUGAAAGCAUUUUGGCGAUGUUGUCCCUUUAAUAACGAAAUCAGGAGCGAAAUAGUCGGCGCACUACGCAAGGGAUCAGCAGAAUGGUACGAAGCUCUUUGCGCUCAAGACACAGACUCGGAACGCGGGGAAGACCUGGUAAACCUCAUCACAUUGGUACAGAUAGAUCUGCAACAAGGACUCACUUAUUAUCACCCACUCUUUGAAACAACCAACAACGUCCCAUAUUUCAGCGUGGUAUUCACACAAAUCGACAAAAUGGUGUCAGAGGACGUGAAACAGUGUGUGGAGCACUGGGUGGCGGAAGGGUGGUGCGGGGUCGCUGAAGAGGAGAUAUUUGACGAGCACGGGAACGGAAUUUGUGUAGUGUCAGCCAAAACCCUGCCGUUUGAGGUGUUGGCGGCAGUGCGAGAACUUUGCUCGGCAGCGUCGCCUUCGUCAUCUCUGCACGCAGCUCACGAUCCACCACCACAGCUAUUGGAGGCUUAUCAAUGGUUUGAACCACUGAUUGACCGAUGGCUUGCUGUAACCAAAACCAUGGCCUUACAACGGGUGCGAGCGGCGGUAGAAUUGGAUCGCUCCGUCGAGGGAGAACAUAUUGUAAAACAUAGCACUUCUUCCGUUGAUACUGCUGCAUGUUUGUAUCACAUGCGAAUGGUAUGGCGAGCCAUUGGUGGUGCUGAAGAAGGCACGGUAGGCGGAGGGCUAAGGCUUUUAGAAGCAGCCUGCGCAACUGCUUUGCACUACGCUGAUCUGGUACACGGCGCGCUCGCAGAUCAGGGGUACUACGAGAACCAUGGGCAGAACAAAACGACCGAGGAGAUAUGCACGAUUGUGAACAACCUGGAGUAUGUGCGCCGCUCUCUCGCUGAAUACGACGACGAUCACAUUGCAAACGAUGAAAACGCGCGGCAACUAGUGCGCGGAGCUCUCGGAACGCUGGAUUCUCGAUCAACGCGCGCCGCGGCGCCGCUCGCGGCUCGUGCACGCCCACCUUUACGAAAAGCUGUCUUCCACCUCGCUUGGUCUCCCGAUACUCUGCCUACGCCUCAGGCAAUAACUCCGCUCCUAGAAUACCUGGAUCAACAUCUAUCAUCUUUAAAUACGUGGUUAUUACCACGAGUCUUCAUUCGAGCUCUCGCCGGUUGUUGGAGUGCUGUUCUCAAGGAGGUCUCCGCACAGGCUGAUGCGGGAGGGGCUGAGAAGCCAAGAGUCUAUCACCAUAGGCUCAGAGAAGCCCUAGACCUUUUGGUUGAAUUCUUCCAUGCUGAGGGAAAAGGUCUGCCGAUGUCAGAUGUUCACAACGCCGAAUGGACAAGGGUCGAACAAAGGAUGCAAUACCACCAGGCUCCGACCGAAGAACUCUUAGAACUGUGGCUAGCUGAUAGAUUAGUUGAACAAACACGGACUCCUUUACCAUCACCAUAUGGAUCCAUAUUAGUUAGAGUGUACUUCAAUCACGACUCCCUGUGUGUCGAAGUGCUAUCGGCUCGGGACGUGAUUCCACUUGAUCCCAACGGUUUAAGCGACCCGUUCGUAGUGUUGGAGCUGCUUCCCAAACGCCUCUUUCCUAAGACUCACGAACAAAUCACGAACGUGCAAAAGAAAACACUGAACCCAAUUUGGGACGAAUGCUUCGAAUUCGGCGUGUCAUUGGAUGCCUGCCGAUCGCAGCAAGCAGCGUUGGCGCUCUCAGUAUGGGACAAAGAUGUGCUGACGGCAGAUGAUUUUGCCGGUGAAGCGUUUGUUUCACUCUCGCGAGUGCCAGGAGUCAACAGCCAUGCUCCGCCCGAUCCGUUGCGACCGAUCGAAUUGCCACUAAUGCAGUUGCAUGAUAGAAAUCAUCCAAUACUGCAGAUUUUGGAAUCACGAACUACCGACAAACUGGCCAUCGAUUUUGUCAAGAAACAAAAAUUACGUUUUGCCGAACAGUAAUUUUGAAC